AAUAGCUGUCUCAUGUUGAACACACAUGCCGAGGGAACCACUUGAAAAGCCGAUUGAUGAAGUUCUUUCAGGCUAUAGAAAACUAGACGUCCAUGCUUUACAGGAAAACCACAAGCUUGAACUGCCACUGGCUAUGCCAUGGCGAAUGAACUUAUGCGCGACGAGUCAAGAAUAUGCCUGUACUUUCUUCGUAGCCGUCAACGACACAGUCAAUGUAUACUUCGUUGAUAAUGAUGGCGCCCAAUUCAACCGACCAGUACAUAAACUAGUCAACCCGAAUGCUUACCAAGCAGGACAAGAAUCGCCAUUUAUGAUCAAUGCAAUUCUUGUGGACCGAUUGUUGGAUAAGGAAGUUUUGAUUACGGUGGCAGACAAUGGCGACGUCUGCGUGUGGCGAACCGAGGCUUUGGAUCAACAGCCAAUGAUGUUGAGGGCUGAAGCCUCGACGUGGGGAGUCGCGGUUCACACCGAGCAAGGGCUUCUGGCGGUGUCAGCCAACGAUAAGAAGAUCACCAUAUUCAAUAUUCUGCGUCUGACCCAAUCAAGUCGCCUUUUCGAACAUACAUCUCCAUGUGAGCCACGAAGGAGAACCAAAAACUGGCUCAGAGACGACGAUAAAAUCGUGCUGGAAGGUCACGAACAUAAUAUACCCAACGUUGAUUUCAGUCGCUCCGGUCGAUAUCUAGCCAGCUGUUCGGUUGAUAAAACAUGCCGUGUCUGGGACAUCGCUAAACGAACCAUGGUCACCAAGCGAACCAUUUACUCUAGCCAGUCAGAUAACGGAUGGGGUUGGUCGGUUAAGUUUAUUCCAUCGGGACGCUUCAAGUAUGCCUGCAUGGAUGACAAGAGAAUCAAUCAGAUGAUUCAAAAACGACUGGAUCGAGGCUCCACGAUUCGACAAUCCUCGGUUGGUUUGCGUCAUUCGGCUCCAUUGCCAGUCUAUCGGUUCAAUCAGCUCAAUUUCAAUGAAGGAGAGCGGUCCGAGGCGACAGUAGAACUCAAUCGUAUGAUUUUCGGAUUCGACCCUGGCGACUGGGAUCCGGAAUUAUUUCAAGGAGAAAUGGAGGAUGGAGCCACCGAUGACGAUCUGUCGUUCGACUUUGCUACGCAGCAGGAAUUAGCGUAUAUUGCUUCGCCUACCUCAGACAGCGACGAUUCAUUGAACGAAGCUCAGGUCAUGCAACAACUGGAACGGAUGGAAGACGAAGAUGAAGCCGAAGAUGCUCAUCUCGUGGAAGAAAUGGGACGACGUGCUACCGAGAGCGAUUUUCUGGAAGAAAUGCAACGAUCCAUCCAAAGCUCUGAACGUUACAGAAACUUGGAAGAGCUUGCAUCGCAAGGGCAUCCCACCGAAGGAUCCAGGAGAGACAGUACAGGAACUUCUCAUUCAAGGGAUCCAACGAGGGACACGGAGACGGCAGUAUCAGAAUGGGAUGCACCAAUAGGUUCUGGAUCACGAUCCCACAGGCAUGGUUCGGAUCAAAGCAUGGACGAUGAGAACGAUGGUCAGCACAAUGAAGAGACUCCAGUGGUGGACAGUGGAGAACAGUUGAUCCACACGGUUCCCGGAAAUGGAUCUGGGUCAGGCGAUGCUGACAACGGCACUGUGACCGAUCCUUGGCUGGAACCCACGAAUGAGGACCAUGGAUCCUUGUUCCUCCUUUUGCAAGCCACGUUGGCUCGACAUCGUCGAGACCAUCCUCGGUUUCAAAAUGUGGCAUUGGCCAAUAGUCACUGGGAUAGGGGAGAGGAUGUCACGCUUGAUAUGAUGGAAACAAUGGAACCAUCACUGGAUCCACGGCUAAGCGAUGGUGAAGACGAAGACGAAGACGAAGAUGCCAAGGAGCUGGACGAUGUUAGCCACGGUUCACGUAUCCCGGAGGUGGUGCAUUCUGAUGAGGACAAGGCCGCUACGGACCCUGGGAAGCGAUCAAAACAGUUUAUUGAGGAAUACCUCAUGCUGGCCACGGUGUCGGACCUUUACAUGCUCAAAAUUGAUAAGCCGUCCAUGACGACUCUCAAGAAUGGGUUCCCGAGUUGGAAUUGCUCAUUGUGGCCAGUCAGAAAGGCACCGUGGCACUGAUGCGCAUGCUUCAAGUGGAGUUGGAGUCGGGACAGCAAACCGUGAUCUUCAAUAGCGAGCGAUAUUUGCCUUUGAACGGUGUACAAUCGACCCCUCUUUAUGGCAUGACGGCUCGAAAACUGGAAACGGAUCGCGUAUCCAUGCCUGCAUUUAAUCUUUUCCUGUUUUACUAUGACGGUGCGGUUCUCGGCUAUCGAAUCUCACGUCAUUGCGAGAAACUUUGCAUUGAAGACCUUCUUAUUUAAGAAAAAAAGGCUUUUACUUUAUCAUCUUUAUGCACGUUUCCUUUGGUGAAUCGCGCUCUCACUAUUAUUUUUUGUUUUAAUCUCACUUUCACUUCCGGCUUGAAUAUUUUUAUCUAUCCUUUUUUUUAUAACUAUAUAUUAAAUAUUUCCUUCGUUGGCUCCUCUGAAG